GUUCACCAUCGAACUCGUGGACCGUUUCUGGCACAUGUGCGAGAUUAAUGACUUCGUUUCACCAGCAGCUGCAUUCGCUCGUACAAGGUCGAUUUACAGCAGACUGAUAAUCAUCACAGUGGCGAACUCGUUGUCCUAGGCCUUGCUGACAGCUGUGAGUGCUUGGGGCAUUAAUUUCCACCAGCAGCAUUCUUAACCGCAAAGUGAAUGUAAUUUGUUAUACUCGCUGUAAAAAGCAAGCCCAGUCGUCGAGCCAUUGUAACAUCUUAUCAGCCGUCUGUAAUCUGCGAAAAAUGGCUCUGAACACGAACACCUCGUGUCUAUGCCUCGGUGCAAUCUUCUGUUUCCUCGGCACCACUGCCAUUACUUUGGUGCUUACUCUCCACGUAUCUGGAUACAGUUCAGGUGCUAGUCCUUCAGUGGAGCUGUGCAUUCCUAAAUUGAGCAUACGCUGUGAGCCCGAUGACUGCGGCAGCAUGUUCGUAAGAUGUGGGAGGAGUGAAAAGAGGCAGGAGGUCCCAGCGAACAAAGUCUGUUACAAUGGGGCAUUGAUCUCAACCAACUCAAGAAUGCACAACUCGGGAUUGCUCCCACACAACUGUCGCGAGAGGACAUCACACAGCAGAAAUUCGACGACGAAAUUCGACUUGAAAGCUUGCAAUUGUCCGGCAUUAUGUUCUGGAUCCAGCAGGUGCACGUGCUAUUGCAAGUCUGGAUCGGCGCAGAAGGUCACAUGUCUGGUGAACGGUGUUAAGAAAACUUAUGCCAACCAAGCUCAAGCUGACUGCUGUUUAGGAUCCGGGAACUGCGCAUCAGCUCUGCAGUCUAAAUCUCGAAACUUCCCGUGGUCCUGGUGGACUGAGGCUGUGGAAUUCGGAAAAAUCGUAAUCAGAUCCUGGCUAAAACGGAUCUGUGAUUUCAUGCGUGAGCGGUGCACCUUUCCUCCUCCUCCGCUGGACGCCGAUGAGUGUUGCGCAGCUCAGAGUGGUUGUAAUCAAUGUUAGGAAACCACCCAAGAUGGAUAGUAGAUGAUAGUCAUUUCGGCGAUCGAAAUCAGGCUUAGUUUGAUACUCUAGACUUCGCCUCUGUGAUUGCCCGAUGAUAUCUAGAACAGAUGUCAUCUUGUUUCUUGUCCGGACAAGGGCUGACAAUGUCCAACUUUUUGGAUGUGUGAGUGGUAAGGUAGUUGUGGGCGAAUAGCUUCGUGAACAUGGCAGUAUGAUGGUACUUCAGCAGUGAGCAUCAACAUCGCUUACAACUCCCUGGACUAGCCAGUAGGCAUUAUUGAUGUCAGAGUAUUUUCUGAAUACUGAUCAAUAUAUCAACUCCUACAGUUUUGAUCUCAACAAAACCUACCUUUAAAGGCUUCUCUUAUACAUGGUGAUA